AGAAGACAAAGCUCCGUUUGUAGCGGCAAUGAAAGGACAGCGUGCUACUUACAAUUUGAGCAAAACAUAAGUACAAGUGUACAUCAGCUGCAAUAACUAUCAAAGUACAGGAAGAGCAUAAUUCCAUUUUCAGAAAAGCCUAUAAGGACUGCACCAGCAAGAUGUCUUUGGUUUGUGCAAUCUCCAACGAGGUGCCUGAGCACCCGUGCGUCUCUCCGGUGUCCAACCAGGUGUUUGAGCGCAGGCUGAUCGAGAAAUACAUCGCAGAGAAUGGGACGGAUCCGAUGAACGGACAGCCCUUGUCUGAGGAACAGCUCGUAGAUAUCAAAGUAUCCCAUCCCAUUAGACCAAAGGCACCAUCGGCUACAAGCAUUCCUGCCAUUCUCAAGUCUCUUCAAGAUGAGUGGGAUGCCGUUAUGCUUCAUAGUUUCACCCUGCGGCAACAGCUGCAGACUACUCGCCAAGAGCUGUCACACGCCCUCUACCAACACGAUGCCGCCUGCAGAGUCAUCGCUCGACUCACCAAAGAGGUCACUGCUGCAAGAGAAGCUCUUGCCACACUCAAACCCCAAGCUGGACUGGUUGCACCUCAGGCAGUACCCGCCUCUCAGCCAGCUGCAGCAGGUGCUGGUGGAGAGCCCAUGGAGAUCAGUGAGCAAGUGGGAAUGACCCCAGAGAUCAUCCAGAAGCUCCAAGACAAAGCUACUAUCCUUACUACGGAAAGAAAGAAGAGAGGAAAAACUGUCCCAGAGGAGCUGGUUAGAGCCGAGGAUCUUAGCAAAUACCGCCAAGUGGCCUCGCAUGCUGGACUUCAUAGUGCCAGUGUCCCUGGUAUUCUGGCUCUGGAUCUGUGUCCCUCAGACACCAACAAAGUUCUCACCGGUGGAGCUGAUAAGAACGUGGUGGUGUUUGACAAGAACGAGGAGCAGAUUGUUGCAACACUUAAGGGUCACACCAAGAAGGUCACCUCUGUCAUUUACCAUCCAUCCCAGUCCGUGGUCUUCUCUGCAUCUCCUGACAGCACCAUCCGUGUGUGGUCCGUUGCCGGAGGCAACUGUGUCCAGGUGGUGCGUGCCCACGAGGGAGGUGUGACUGGACUCUCCCUACAUGCUACUGGGGACUACCUGCUCAGCUCCUCUGAGGAUCAGUACUGGGCCUUUUCUGAUAUCCAGACUGGUAGAGUCCUCACCAAAGUUACUGAUGAAAGUGCCGGCUGUGCUCUCACCUGCGCUCAGUUCCACCCUGAUGGUCUCAUUUUUGGCACUGGCACGGCUGAUUCCCAAAUCAAGAUCUGGGAUCUGAAGGAGCGUACCAAUGUGGCCAACUUCCCAGGCCACUCUGGCCCUGUCACCUCCAUUGCUUUCUCUGAGAACGGAUACUAUCUGGCCACAGGUGCCCAGGAUAGCUCUCUGAAACUGUGGGAUCUGAGGAAACUGAAGAACUUCAAGACCAUCACCCUGGACAACAACUAUGAGGUGAAGUCCCUUGUGUUUGACCAGAGUGGUACCUAUCUGGCUGUAGGAGGGUCUGACAUCCGCGUCUACAUCUGCAAGCAGUGGUCUGAGGUCCUCAACUUCACAGACCAUACAGGAUUGGUGACAGGAGUGGCCUUUGGAGAGAACGCUCAGUUCCUGACCUCUGCAGGAAUGGACAGAAGUCUCAAAUUUUACAGUUUGUAGAAAAGGAUAAAUUCAGGAUGAAGCGAGGAGGACAACUGAGAGGAGGAUUGAGUGGUUUCUGUGGUCUGAGUCACUCUCCUGGACACGGACUUGGCAUAGACCUGUAAUUUUUAGAAACAGACAGGAAAAAAAUCACUGCUAACUUUGCUUUAUUAGUGUGUUUGUCCUCAUGUCCAGGAAUGAGAUCCCAUCGUCUGCGAUAUGAAACCACAGCAGCAUGGUUAGGAUGUUUGUUGGCAUUUUAUGUGUGAAAUGUAAAUGGUGUGAAAGGAGAUACAGAAGCCAGUGUAAUAUUCCUGUCUGAUUUGCCAGCAAAUAUGAUUUUACUGUAGGUUUUUUCUUUUCUUUUUUUUGUUUUUCUAUUGUGUGUGGGGUCUAAAGUUGCUUGUAAUCUAACUCCAAAGUGUUGUAGUACACUGUUGGGAGCUAUAAUUGGUGUGACAACAAUCUGCUUUGCUUCUUAAUGUAGACCAGCUUCAUUACAGUAUCUUUAGGGUAAGAUUAAAAAAUACUUCUGUAGUGACGUACAGUACAUCUAAGCAAAAAAUGAACAAACGUAUGAGAUUAAUGUUCCUCUGAAAGAUUUAGUCCUGUUUAAACUCCUUCAAUUUCAUUUUCUGUUUUAUUUUUACCAUUACAUUACUUUUUCCAAUUGUAUAUUUCUAAUUACGUACCUGUUGCAACUCUGCCCUUUUACAAUAAAAUAAAAUAUCUUUUGUAUUGCCACUCA